CGUGAUUAUCUUUGCUUGCAAAUGCCAAAAUUAAAUGACUUUUAAAUUUUUCACUUUGCCGAGUAGCCUAGAAGCAUAUUAAUUUUUGUAAAAAACAUUGUAAUUUAGUAGAUUUAUAAGCCGGUAAUAAAAUAAAUAUCAUAAAAUCUAAAUAAAAAUGCCACAAUUCAAAGUAAAAGUUAAGUGGGGUCGUGAAUUGUUUCCCGACAUUGAAGUCAACACGGAUGAGGAACCCAUCUUGUUUAAGGCACAACUGUUUGCAUUGACGGGGGUGGCUCCGGAUAGACAAAAGGUUAUGUGUAAGGGAGGUAUAUUGAAAGAUGACCAAUGGAAUUUGCAAAUUAAAGAGGGAGCCACCAUAUUGUUGCUGGGCACAAAGGAACAAGUGCCUGAAAAACCAGUAGAACAAGUUAAAUUUAUCGAAGAUAUGAAUGAGGCGGAAAUGGCCACAGCUAUGGAAGUACCAGCCGGCCUAACAAACUUAGGCAAUACCUGUUAUAUGAAUGCCACGCUCCAGUGUUUAAGGGCAAUUCCUGAAUUGCGUGAGGCUUUAGACAACUUCCGUGUGGAAACGGCCGAUGCUGAUUCAAUGCCAUUGGCCAUUACCUCGGCCAUGAAAUUCCUCUUCAAGCAAAUGGAACGUACCGGAAGUACUGUGACCCCCUUUGUUUUAUUGGGUACUUUGCAUCGUGCCUUUCCACAAUUUGCCCAAACCGGUGAAAAUGGCACAUACCGUCAACAAGAUGCCAAUGAAUGUUGGUCUGAACUCUUGAAGAUGCUGCAACAAAAAUUGCCAUCAUCCAAUAAGAAAGAAGCGGAAGGAGGGGAAGGCGAAAAGCAAGUUAAGAAGUACAAUUCUUUCAUAGAACAAUAUUUCGGUGGAAGUUUUGAGGUAAAAAUGAGCUGUAACGAAGCGCCUGAGGAAGAAACAACCACAUCCAAGGAAAACUUUUUGCAAUUAAGUUGUUUUAUUUCGCCCGAAGUGAAAUACAUGCACAGCGGUUUGAAAUCAAAACUGAAUGAGACUUUAGUAAAGCGUUCCGAAUCUCUGGGAAGAGAUGCCAACUACACAAGAUCGUAUUUAAUUAGCCGUCUGCCUGCAUAUCUGACCAUCAAUUUUGUACGUUUCCAAUACAAAGGCAAGGAGGGAAUCAAUGCAAAAGUCUUGAAAGACAUUAAGUUCCCCUUGGAAUUUGAUGCUUUUGACUUGUGUACCCCGGAUUUGCAGAACAAACUUUGUCCAGUGAGGGCGAAAUUCAAGGAAUUAGAAGAUAAGAAGCUGGAAAAACAGAUCAAAGAUCCUUUGGCGGAAGUUAAGUCGAAAGAGGGCGAUGAAAAACCUAAAAUAGAAUAUGAACCAUACUAUUUUGAAGAUGAUGUGGGUAGCAAUAAUUCCGGUUUUUAUACACUCCAGGCGGUAUUAACACACAAGGGACGUUCAUCGACAUCCGGCCAUUAUGUGGCUUGGGUUAAGCACACCGAUGAGGUUUGGUUCAAGUUUGAUGACGAUGUGGUGUCAUCGGUAACGAGUGAAGAAAUUUUACGUCUCUCGGGUGGUGGAGACUGGCACUGUGCCUACGUUCUAUUGUACGGACCCAAGCUACUGCCAAAAACCAUAGAACCCAUGGAGAGUACAUAAGUGUUUUCGAAAGGGUCAGCGAGCAUUAAAAGCAUCAUGAAAUGUAAACAUUUAUACAAGCCUACAUAAAGCAUCAUUAAUUGUUUAUGUAUCUGCAUUUCCAGCACUUAUUUAAUAAAACAAGAAAAAUAGAACAAAA